AUGCAUCAUCGCAGGACGCACCGCAAAUCCAAAAACGGCUGUCUCGUCUGCAGACAGCGCAAAAUCAAGUGUGAUGAGGUGAAGCCGCGCUGCACAAACUGCAUCCGCUUCUGCGUUCCCUGUAGCCUCGACCCUGACCCUGAAUCCGACAAUUCGAGGUCUGUCACGGGAUCCACUACUGUGAGUCCAGGAAAGCGCGGACGAGGCCGGCCCCGGAAGAAGUGGGGCCCUGCAGCCGGUACCUCAGGACCUCAGGAGCAAUUACCUGCACACCUGAACAACCCAGACCUUGACGGCCCAUUGCUGAAUGCCCCCGACCUCGAACUGCUCCUGCAUUUCACUUCCCACACUGGGCGCAGUCUCGCCCAUUCCGAUCCACCGGAUAACCCCAUCGCUCGGUUCUGGUCGCAUAAUGUCCCCCGCAUAGGCCUGUCAUGCCAUGUCGUGCUCCGUCUCGCUCUGGCAUUAGCAGGCCAUCAUCUCGCAUAUACCACUGGCCAGGACACAGCCAAAUGCGCUUAUUAUACAGCUCUUGCGCAAAAGUACAGCGCAGUCGGUCUGGUGGAACUCACAAAGACCCUUGCAACUAUCAACAACGCAACAUGUGGCGCGCUAUACACGGCUGCCACCCUCAUGACAUACUGUACAUUCGCAUCAGGCCCCACAGAUGACAAUGACCUUCUUGUCUGCAACAUUGGCAGUCAUGCGCCGCAGCGCUGGAUGUCGGUUAUCCAGGGUGUGCGAUUAAUCAGGGAGAGGUUCGAGCCGGACAUCCUCUUUUCCGGACUCCUAGAACCUCUCGCGCCCUCUUCCGAACCAGAUCCAAAGUCCACAACGCCUGCAUGCAUUGAAGAGGGAUACCGGCGGCUCGAGUGGGAAGAGCCAAUGCGGCACCUGCGAGAUCUCAUCACCUCAGACAAAGACAGCGCCGAUACAGACACAGCAGAUACAGCAGUCUACCUCCAGGCCUACGAGCGUAUCGAGUCAAUAUACGAAGCGAUAUUCGGCAACGCCGAUGGCCAGUUUACAUGUCCACCAAAAAAAUAA